AUUGUAUAAUGAUGAUUUUUGGGAAUGUUUUCCUGUAAACUUUGAUGCUCUUACAUGCUCUUGCUGCAUAGGUGGUGUUGUGACUAGUAAAUUACUUGUGUAGUACAUAGAUGUCUUGCCGAGGAUUGUAAUGCCCCAUGCUCUGUGUGCCCUGCACAACGGACUGCAAAUGUUCACUGUAUAACUAAGCCAACGACUGUUGUACCCUCUGAUGGACUGUGGAAGACGGUUGCCUAGACCACCCUGAAUGAACUCUGUAAAUGAGGCCUAUGUACAAAAAGAAGAGGGGUGAGGUUGAAUUACAUGUUGUUGUAUGUGUGCUGGAGUGGCAUUAAGUUAGGUAAUUGCCACCCAGAGUGGGGGUAGUGUUAGUGUAAAAUGGUGCGGCCCCUUUAAGAGCAGCACAUACCCGGGGCGGGUGUGGGAGAGAGAGAGAGCGGUUGUCUUAAUGUGAUUCUCUACACAGCGAUCUUGAAUCGAGGAUUUCAUCUCUUAACCUUUCCCACAUCAACUUGGUGAAUCAAACUUGGAAGUUUGGAGGGAACAAGCAGGGUUACAUGAACAUUAAAAACCUCAUCAGCCACUUCCCGUCAUGCUGCAUCACUGAUGGCCAGGGUCAGCCCGUGUCCUGGAUUCUGGUGUAUGAUUACUGUGCGUUGGGCUUAUUAUACACUCUGCCAGGGCACAGAGGGAGAGGUUACGCCAAAGUGCUGAUCAGCACCAUGGCCAGGAGACUAUCCGGUUGCGAGAGAGAGAGGAAUUGUUUUAUGAAUGUGUGGACGUAACGACCGGAGAAACCCAUGUACUGUAACUGUUACUCGGUGUGUAUUAAUAAAUCCUCAAAACAUAAAGUGGGCAUUUAUUCACUAACCAGCAGCAGGAAGGAAAGUGAAGGGAAUUAACCCCGAAGUUACAAACAGGCAAUACUUCGAACCAGGUCUCCCCUGCAAUCUCCUACUACGGAGACGGUCACAGACGGACAGGCAGGAAACACAAGUGAGUGCGUGUUUUUAUGACGUGGCCGGGGUGUGUGUAUUUUUAUCGGGGCUUUUAGUAAGGACAGCAGAUCGCUACAAGUUCAAGUGCCUGCCUGAGUUGACCACGGAAAUCCAAGUGCUUGCUACAUUGACCCCAGUGCCAUCGAGCAGCGAUUGUCAAUCAUUUCCAAAAGCUGAGGGCAUUUAUAUUGGAACAGAGCAGUUCCGGGCAGAGCAAACUGGAUCAGUGAAGAAACUCCAGUCACCAAAACAUGAAGAUCCUCAACAAAGAAGAACUACAGAUCGCUGAAGGAGUUCUGCUGAAACACUUCCCCGGGAGUUUAAAGGUGUACGGUUUCAUAUAUGGGAUUAACAGGAAGAAACCAAGCACAUUGGAGAUCGUCGUUGAUGCGUGGCCUGAUUUUAAGGUUAUCAUUUGUCGACCUGACCCCAAGAACAAGCACGCUUUGGAUUUCAUGAAAAGGGUGACGUACUACAGCAUGGAUGAGCAGAUUUUAAGGAAAAUGCUGACAGAAGAGAAUGCAGUUGAUUGGAGCACAUCCUUUCUCAUCGGUGGAUUUGACGCUUCACAUGCAACCAUGCUCAAAGAAGUGUCUUCUGACAGAAGAGUCAACAACGAAGUCUACACUAUGGUGCAUCUUCUGUAUCUGCCAGACAGCAGUCAUCUGCCCACACCAGCAGCUGACAGCGAUCUUGAAUCGAGGAUUUCAUCUCUUAGCCUUUCCCACAUCGACUUGGUGAAUCAAACUUGGAAGUUUGGAGGAAACAAGCAGGGUUACAUGAACAUUAAAAACCUCAUCAGCCACUUCCCGUCAUGCUGCAUCACUGAUGGCCAGGGUCAGCCCGUGUCCUGGAUUCUGGUGUAUGAUUACUGUGCGUUGUGCUUAUUAUACACUCUGCCAGGGCACAGAGGGAGAGGUUACGCCAAAGUCCUGAUCAGCACCAUGGCCAGGAGACUCCACACUGAUGGCUACCCAGUGUACUGCUUCAUAGAGGAGGAGAACAUGGUCUCCUACAAGCUCUUUAAAAACCUUGGCUUCGUUGAGGAUCCCUCAUACAGGGCGGCAUGGUUUGAGUUCAACUUCUGAUUUUGUAACAAUUGUGAUUGAAUGUACAGUUGAAAUAUAUUUGGGUACACAUGA